AUGAGCUAUGGCCGGUUGAAGGAAAUACCGGAAGCUAUCCGUCCCCAUGGUACCCGUACCGAGUACGCAGGCAUAUAUCAGCCCACUUUCUCCAAGAACCCCAUCCCUCUUCCCGCUGACCGGGUCUUCCUGAGGAGACAAACACUCAACGUUCAUGUCAGCUACGCCCAUGGCACCAUCCAAUCCCGAAUUUGGUUGCCUGACAACUGCAUCCUGGACUUCAACACGCAGCCCCGAGAUGAUCUUGACGCCCACAAUGCCAAAAUUCGCGUCUCCAACAACUAUAUUAGCAGUACGUGCGAAACUAUGAGCCCUUGCCUGCUCGCCACUUAA